ACAGGUAUAUAGUACAAAGCCUUUCCCAAUUCGAGUCAUUUUAUUUCGAGAGCCUUCGCAAAUUAGAGAGAGAAAGAGAAGCAUUUCGAUCCUACGCUGCCAUAAUCUCUUCACGAUGUCAUACUCCAGGAGGUCAAGGUAUUCUCGCUCACCUUCAUAUGAUCGAUAUAGCAAGUCUGUCUCAAGGUCCAGAUGUGUUUCAAGGAGUCGGUCAAGGAGCUGUGAUUCAAGUGAUGUUGAGAACCCAGGGAACAAUUUGUAUGUGACUGGUCUCUCAACCCGCGUUAAGGAGCGAGAUAUUGAGAAGCAUUUUUCUGCUGAAGGGAAGGUUGAAGAUGUUCGUCUUGUUUUAGACCCAUGGACCCACGAAUCUCGUGGGUUUGGUUUCGUGACGAUGUCCAGCGUUGAGGAGGCUGAUCGCUGCAUCAAGUCUCUGAAUCGCUCAGUACUUGAAGGCAGAGUUAUCACUGUGGAGAAGGCCAGGAGGAGAAGAGGUAGAACACCUACUCCAGGAAAAUAUUUGGGGCUUAGAACUGUUCGCGUUCGUCGUGAAUCACGAAACUAUCCUCAUCAUUCAAGGAAUCGCUCUCCUUGUUACUCAUCUGAAAGCUACAGGAGCAGGAGCAGGAGCAGGUCUUACUCUCCAUAUUACCGGCAAGAGCAUAGAUCAUACUCUUAUUACAGAGGACGCCAGAGAUCUCACUCAUCGUAUUACAGUCGGCACCACUGCUACUCAGAAUCACCUUAUUCUCCUUACUAUAGUCGUGGAAGAUCUUACUCUCGAUCUUUAUCCCCAUAUAAUGGGCGUGAUCGGUCCUACUCUCCAGAUGACCGUUAUUACAGAAGGAGCCGUUACCAUGACUAUUCUCCCGACAAUCAUCGGCGUGAUCGUUCCUAUUCUCCAGAUGACCGUUACUAUAGAAGAAGUCGCUACCGUGACUACUCUCCUGAAAGGCAUGAUCUUUCAGACUCUCCAGAUGUUUGUGACAACAGAAUGAGCCGCUAUCGCGACUACUCUCCGAACAACAGUUACUAUUAUCGAAGGAACCGAUAUCGUUCCAUUUCUCGGAGCAUUUCUCCUCGAUAUGGGAGAAGCUACUCACGCAGUGUAUCACCUAGGUGGUCAAGGAGGAGCUAUUCAAGAAGCGUUUCCAGGAGCAGCUGCUCUCGUAGCAGUUACUCUCCUAAUCUGAAGAAAAGCUCUAAGAAGAGUCGCAGUGUUAGUGCAUCUUCCAGAUUUGUUUCAAGGUCUGUUACACCUAGGUCUUCACCUUCAUCAUGAAAGUACUACACUACUAGGAAGGUCUAGUCUGUCACUCUCUGUUGCAAAGAGUUUAAAGUUGUAUUUAGAUUGGUCAUUCAAGUAGAAUUUCUCAAGAUAAUAAAUCUGCUUUCCAGCUUAUGUGACUGGUGGAAAUGAGAUCUAGCUGUACUAUUGUGUUUGUAAUUUGAUGCAGAGGUAAUACAGCGUAUUGACUGAAUAUGGAAAUCUCUCAAUUUCUUCA